CUUUGAGAUAGCAUGGGACAGUCACUGCGUUCCCAGUCGUCUUGCCACGCUGACGUUGUACACACUUGUGCGCCUCAUUCACAUACAGAGGGUUGUUGCCGCUAUUGGUGUCAAUAAAAAAAUGUGAGUAAAAAGCUCGCUCCCCGUAACUCGGAGGUGCUCAGUAUCCCAGCAUCUGAGGAAGGAUCGAUCCCAGGGGGGCGCGCCGUCAUGGCAAACACGCCCAGCAGCAGCGCGCCCGCCGACGCAGAGAAGGCAACGUCAACGCAGGCUAGACCAGAAGGAGCGAAGGAAUGGAUGAAGAAGCACCGCAAAGCCCGCGGGGAAGACUUUCAACGCUUGGAAAACAAGCUGCUCCAGCGAGAUGGAAAACGUCCUCAGGGAUCCAGCAGUACCACGGAAACGCCCACAUACCUCGACGAAGACACAAGCAUUGAGGAGCUGAGCGGAGCUCUGCUGGGGGCGAUGCGGCAGGGUACAAUAUAUGGCCUGCUGGAGUGUAUAAAAGAAGGUGUGAGGGACAAGCGGGUGUUUGAGGAGAGUCUGACUGCCGCGUGGUGCAAGGCCAAAGCGCUCGGCCUGCCAAUGAGCUACCACGUACUGGAAUCGGUGAUAGAAACUAUAGUGCAGUUGCGCUACGAUCUGUCACGUGACAGUGCCGAUGGACCGCCAGUGCGCGAGGGCAAGCCGCUGUGGGACCAGGUGGACCAGCUCGUUGCCGACGCGAGGCGUCUGCGGCACCUACUCGACGCGCCGGCUGAGGAGGCGGACGAGGCCGUGAUGCUGGCCAUGCGCUCGGCCCUGGCGAUUCGCGCCGUGAAGUACGAGCUGCUGAGCACGUACGGCACAGUGCCUUGGGAGGAGAUGGAGUACCUCCUCGUGAUGUACGUCGAGGCGAAUACCGUCUACAGGACCCUGGCUUUCCUGGUGGCCAGCCCGGAGAGGAUCAGAGCGCACCUGGAUUUUUUCCUGGAGAAAGUAAAGAAGAUUGAUAGGGAAGAAUCUCUCGAGGAGCUUCGAAAAGAACCGGAAGGGGAGAGGGUUGAUUGGGUGAAGACGAUUACCGGCCCCGACCCCCUCGCAGAAAUGAUAGAGGACUUCACUUUACUACGGGACUGGCAUUCACUUCAAGAGAUACGAGAGUCUCUCAAAGCUGCCACCAAAGCCCUGGGAUUGGACCACAAUAAGUGGAAACAGUGGGGCUGGUUUGUUCUCGGGGGAGAGAUGUUAGUGGUUGGGGAGAAGAUGAAGAACUCCUGGAAGUCGCCGAACCUUUCCUGUCGCUCCGCAGACUUUUUUGAGCGAAUAGCCCCGGAUAGCAUCAUCAAGUUGCUGCACAGCGGGAUGCGUGACGCACAGGCGCACGGCAUUGCUGAGACUCAUGCAGAUGCAGACGCCCUGACCAUAUCCGCCCUCAGCACCGGAAAGGAACGAGAGUGUCUCUCAACAGAAAUGUCCAGAGUUCUGCGCUCAUCUGAAUACAUGAUUCAGGAGGUUGCAGCAGAUGUGGUGCGAAAGAGGGUAUCACGAAGGGCAAGCAGUGAGCAAUUUUUAAGAGUAAUGUCAUCAAUGCGGGAGACCAAGUUCGCCCACGGCGAAAAAAUCAAUCAUGAGGUAUCAAGUAUACUCUUUGGCAGCCAAUCCACAUGGAGAUCAAAAGGGAACACUUUGAGUGUCUUAAAAAAUGAUAUAUUAGCAGGAUUAUUAAGUACGCCCGUGGUGGUAAAUAUUGAGGACAUGUUGCACUCUGAGGCAGUAAGAGGUUCAACCAACUUCAAUAAAAGUAAGCCUUUGCUGUCAGACUCUUUGCUUGAUGCUCGGGAACGUAUAUUUCACGAUGUUCAGCAACACGCCCCACAACAUUUCGCAAGGAUGCGCAAACUUCUCACUGGGAAGGGCGCUGAAGUCCUGAGUUCCCUCCAAGCUGAUCUGAACGAGCGGAGCCGAUGGCUCCCCGAUAACAAGAGCAACGGUGCACUGUCCACACUCAAAUCUAUUCCGCUUGAUAUGUGGAACAGCACACUUCUUCGUUAUGUCACUGAGUGGAUCCAGUUCCGAUUAGAGCCGGAUCCACUCGCCCCGUCCGGCCCAGUGCUGGAAAACUACAUACUCUACGACCUGGCAGACCGCCUCUAUUUUCCAGUGGGAACGGAAAUGCUAGCUCUAUGCUUUCUCAUCAACAAUGGCGACGUAAAUGUUCCUCUCGGCGGCUCAAACCCCAGUUUGCGAGACUCUCAAAUCUCGGCCGACGAACAGCUUCGCUUGUCCGCUCUCAAGGACGAGAUGUUCCGCACUGCUCGGCGCGGUGAGCUGGCCGGAGUGCAGCGCGCCGCAGAGGCUGGCGUGGACAUCUCUAGCAGGGACUGUCGCGGCCGCACGCUGCUGCACGCCGCCGCAGACGCCGGCCAGCUUCACGUGGUGCACUGGCUGCUGGAGGCCGAAGCCGUGGACCCACUCGCCCGGGACUGGAAGAAGAACAGCGCUCUGCACUGCGCGGCUGACGCAGAGGUGGCCAAACUACUGCUUGACGCCGCAGGAUUAGUUCAAAAUAGGUCAGAAAGCUCAUAUUAUGAGGAUGAGGAUCUACCAGAUUUAGAGCCCACUCCUCUCCACAGCACUGCGUGGUUGGGGCGAACAGAUGCGCUCCGCUCGCUCCUUUCCCACGUCAGUGCAGUCAGUGAGAGCCGGUGGCGGUGGAGUGGGGACAUCAACAAAUCUCUGUGCCUCGCUGCUCUCGGCGGACACGUGGACACGGUGCGCAUGCUGGUGGGGGAUGGAUCGUUCGACGGCGACGACGGGGACGAAGGCGACGAAGGCGACGAAGGCGACAAAGGCGACAAAGGCGACGAAGGCGACGAAGGCGACGAAGGCGACGAAGGCGACGACGACCCUGAACCUAGGACCUGGAGGAAAAGUCCGCAGACCCCUCUCUACCACGCGGUGUGCGGCGGCAGCAUCGACACGGGCAUAGCUGAUGGUGGGAGUGUUGAAGUCGCCUCCAUGCUGCUGGACCGGUGGCCGCAGGCGGUGAACCUCACGGUAAGCAUUGAGGAGGGAGCAAUGCUCCACACUGCGGCGAUGCAUGGUAACGUUGACCUGGUGAAGCUCCUGCUGGACCGCGGGGCCGACCUGCUGCAACGGGAUCGGAAGUCGUGGACCGCACUCCACAAUGCGGCACGUGGAGGGUUCGUGGAGGUGAUCGACGCGAUCUGGAAGCACGCAAAUAAUCGAUGCACCACCAACCAAGAGCUGCAGAAUUUGUUGGAGGUGCAGGGCGAAAUGGUCCAACCGCUCUGUGUGGAUGCAGCAGCAACCGAUCAAUAUUUGGAAAUGCGUUUGCUAAAUUUGGGCGCGGACAUGCACACAAGAAAGCUGAACCGCACUCAUGAAACGCCCCUCUACGUAGCUGCACGGGAAGGCCACGCGCCGGUGGUGGAGUGGCUGCUCGGGAAGGGCGUCCGUCUGCACGGUGAAGAGGACGCCAACACGCCGCUGCACGCGGCCGCAGAGUUUGGCCACCUGGCCGUGGUGCAGCGCCUCUUGCCGGAACCAAACCGGACAGCGGAGGAAGAGCGACCGAUGCGCCUGGCACUGCUGCAGCACGUGGGCGAGCACGGGUGCACAGCCCUGCACCGCGCUGCAGCGUCCGGCUCGCUGGCGGUGGUGAAGCUGCUCCUCGAGCGGGAAGUGCAGCUGUUGGCGGAGCACUAUGACGAGAAGCUCAGGGCGGGGAGAGAGCUCCUGAAGUGGAGGGACUUUACCGUGUACAUGCGGGACGUAAACCCAAUGUGGUGCUACACACCGUUACAGCAUUGUGUGCAGUGGGGCGCCCCGUCCGCCGUGUUCCGGGCGCUGCUCGGCCACAUGGAGGACGAGCGAGUGAUGGCGCUCGGCGGCGAGGACGUCCGGACGGUGCGCGAGAUGGUGCUGGAGGCGCUGGACAUGAUCAAGAAGGAAGACCGGGGGCGUCUUUCGGGGAGUCCGGCUUUUGAGCUCAACGCGUCCCUUGCUCGGCUGCAACAGAGGGAGGACGCCGCCAUGGAACAUGAUAUGGACGCAGAGAAGGCAACGUCAACGUGGGCUAGACCAGAAGGAGCGAAGGAAUGGAUGAAGAAGCACCGCAAAGCCCGCGGGGAAGACCUGCAACGCGUGGAACACAAGCUGCUCCAGCGAGAUGGAAAACGUCCUCAGGGAUCCAGUGGUACCAUGCCAACGACCAGAAACGUCGACGAAGACACAAGCCCCGAGGAGCUGAGCGGAGCGCUGCUGGAGGCGAUGCGGCAGGGUGAUCUGAAACUGCUGAAGGGAUUCAGAGAGAGUGUGAGGGACAAGCGGGUGUUUGAGGAGAGUCUGACUGCCGCGUGGUGCAAGGCCAAAGCGCUCGGCCUACCAAUAGGAUACCACAUACUAGAAUCGGUGAUAGAAACUAUAGUGCAGUUGCGCUACGAUCUGUCACGGGACAGUGCCGAUGGACCGCCAGUUCGGGAGGGCAAGCCACUGUGGGACCAGGUGGACCAGCUCGUUGCCGACGCGGAGCGCCUGCAGCACCUACUCGACGCGCCGGCUGAGGAGGCGGACGAGGCCGUGAUGCUGGCCAUGCGCUCGGCCUUGGCGAUCCGCGCCGUGAAGUACAAGCUGCUGAGCAAGUACGGCACAGUGCCUUGGGAGGAGAUGGAGUACCUCCUCGUGCUGUACGUCGAAGCGAACACCGUCUACAGGACCCUUGCUUUCCUCGUAGCCAGCCCAGAGAGGAUCAGAGCGCACCUGGAUUUUUUCCUGGACAAAGUAAAGCAGAUUGAUAGGGAAGAAUCUCUCGAGGAGCUUCAAAAAGAACCGAAAGGGGAGAGGGUUGAUUGGGUGAAGACGAUUACCGCAGACGGUAUCCAGGAGAGCGGCUCCGACCGACUUGCAGAAAUGAUAGAGGACUUCACUUUACUACGUGACUGGCAUUCACUUGGAGAUAUACUAGAGUCUCUCAAAGCUGCCACCGAAGCCCUGGGAUUGGACGACAAUGAUUGGGAGCAGUGGGGUUGGCUGGCUUUGCGGGGAGGGCUGUUUGUGGCUGGGGAGAAGAUGAAGAACUCCGGGAAGUCACCGAACCUUUCUAGUCGCUUCGCUAUGUAUCUUGAGCUGAUGGCCCCGGAGCGCAUCACCAAGUUGCUCCGCAACGGGAUCCGUGACGUCCAGGCGCACAGCAAAGCGGGGACCAACGCAGAUGCGCUGACCAUGUCCGCCUUCAGUACCAAAGAGGAGCGAGACUGCCUCUCAGAAGACAUGAAUAAAGUAGUGCACGCAGCCGAAUACAUGAUUCGUGAGAUUGAAGCGGAUGUGGUGAAGAAGAGGGUUCGUCAAAGAGCGAGCAAUGAGCUAUAUCAAAGAGUUAUUUCAUCAGUUCGCGUGAGUGAGUCUCCUGAAGAGGUACCGAUCCAUGGCGAAGUGAUAGAAAUACUUGAACGCGUCCUAUUGGGACGAUUGAGACAGAGCAGUGCACCCGCACUGCUUGUCUUGAUAAAUGAUUUACGAGCAGAUUUGUCAGGAUCAGGGCUGGUAAACAUUGGGGAUUUGCUGUUUUCUGAGACACUGAGACAUUCACCCAACGAGAAAAAUGGCAAAACUUUGCUGUCAGAUUCGUUUCUUGAAGCUCGGGAACGUAUUUUCAUCGUGGUCCAGGAACUCAGCCCGUUUCAUUUUGCAAGGAUUCGCAAACUUCUAACGUGGAAGGGUGCUGAAGGCCUGAGUUCCCUCCAGGCGGAUCUGAACAGAAUGAGCAGAUGCCCCCCUGGCAAUGAAGAUAGUCGUGCAUUGUCCGCUCUUAAAUCCAUUCCGUUAAACAUGUGGAACAGGGGGAGCAGCAACCUCCACCGUUACGCCAUUGAGGGUGGACUGCGGGUCCUGGCCUCUCGCCAGCACAGCGCCGCCGCUCAUCAUCCAACAGCCCCGCCGCCUCUAGAGCCCCACGCGCCCACCCUGCACGGCCGCGUGCUGAGAAACUAUCUGAACCACGGUGAAUUGGCUGUACGACUUUUUACGCCAGCGGAGAUGGAAAUAAAAGCUCUGUACUCUCUCAUCAAAAUCGACGUAGACGAUCCUCUCGGCGGCUCAAACCCCAGUUUGCGAUACUCUCAAAUCUCGGCCGACGAACAGCUUCGCUUGUCCGCUCUCAAGGACGAGAUGUUCCGCGCUGCUCGGCGCGGUGAGCUGGCCGGAGUGCAGCGCGCCGCAGAGGCUGGCGUGGACAUCUCCAGCAGGGACUGUCGCGGCCGCACGCUGCUGCACGCCGCCGCAGACGCCGGCCAGCUUGAUGUGGUGCGCUGGUUGCUGGAGGCCGAAGCCGUGGACCCGCUCGCCCGGGACUGGAAGAAGAACAGCGCUCUGCACUGCGCCGCCAACGCAAAGGUGGCCAAACUACUACUCGACGCCGCAGGAUUUGUUGUGAACACGCCGAAGCUGGUCGGUAUGAGCCGAGAUUUCGAGCACACUGCACUCCACAGCACUGCGUUGUUGGGGCGAACAGACGCGCUCCGCCCGCUCCUUUCCCAUGCAAGAGUCAAUGAGGGGUGGUGGAUCCUGAGCAUGACAAAAAAUCCCCUCAGCCUUGCUGCUCUCGGCGGACACGUGGACACGAUGCGCCUACUGAUUGAGGAUGGAUGGUACGACAACCCGUGGGGUAGCGAAGGGCCCGGUAUAAAGGGGCCGCAGACCCCUCUCUACCACGCGGCGUGCGGCGGCAGCGCCGACGCGGUGAGGCUCUUGCUGCAGGAGUCCCCCUCGGACACCGACUGCUGGGUGGCCGCCGACCAAGCCGGGUACCUCGGGCACGUGGAGGCGGCCAUCGUCCUCAUCGACGAGCUGCACACGCGUGGUGCUUCGAUAGACUGUGAAGCUGGGCGUGAUGCUGUGCAUAGUGUUGCUAAUGGUGGGAGUGUUGAGGUCGCCUCCGCGCUACUGCACCGGUGGCCGGAGGCAGUGAGCCUCGAGGUAGGCAUUGAAGGGGGUGCAAUGCUUCACACUGCGGCGGGAAGCGGUCACGUCGGCCUGGUGGAGCUCUUGCUGGGCAGCGGGGCCGACCUGCUGCAAAGGGAUAUAAAGUCAAAAACCGCACUUCACAAUGCUGCAAGUGGAGGGUUUGUGGAGAUAAUUGAUUUGUUCUUGGAGCACACAAAGCAAAGCACCGCCAGCAGGGAGCUGCAGCUGCAGAGUCUGUGGAAAGGGUCGGAGGAGCGUACACCACCGCUGUGUGUGGCCGCAAUCUACGGGCAGCUGGCAGUCGUUGAGCGGCUGGUGACGCUGGGCGCGGACACAGAGGCCGGAAAUCUCGACGCCGGUCUAAAGACGCCUCUUUACUUUGCUGCACGGGAGGGCCACGCGUCGGUGGUGGAGUGGCUGCUCGGGAAGGGCGUCCGUCUGCACGGCGCCGAGGCCACCGACACUCCGCUGCACGCAGCCGCAGAGUUUGGCCACCUGGCCGUGGUGCAGCGCCUCUUGCCGGAACCAAAUCGGACAGCGGAGGAAGAGCGGCCCAGGCGCCUGGCACUGCUGCAGCACGUGGGCGAGCACGGGCACACAGCCUUGCACCGCGCAGCAGCCUCCGGUUCGCUGGCGAUGGUGAAGCUCCUCCUCGAGCGGGAAGUGCAGCUGUUGGCGGAGCACUACAACGAGAAGCUCAGGGCGGGGAGAGAGCCCCUGAAGUGGAGGGACUUUACCGUGUACAGGCGGGACACGAAGCCGGGGUCAUGCCACACACCGCUGCAGCGUUGUGUGCAGUGGGGCGUCCCGUCCGCCGUGUUCCGGGCGCUGCUCGGCCACAUGGAGGACGAGCGAGUGAUGGCGCUCGGCGGCGAGGACUUCCAGACGGUGCGGGGGAUGGUGCAGGACGCGCUGUACAUGAUCAAGAAGGAAGACCGGGGGCGUCUUUGGCUCGGUCUUCGGGAGAGUGCGGAACGCGAGCUGGACGAGUCCCUUGCUCGGUUGCAACGGCGGGAGGCGUUGCGGUACCUCUUGCAGUCCAUCGGCCCAGAAGACAUGACCGAUCAACCAAUCACUUUGCCGAGUAAGGCGCCCCAGGACUCUGAGGACUCUAUUGCACCGGUCUUCCUCAUCCCCGGUAUCGAAGGUAUGGCCGUCACGCUCCAGUCGCUGUGCGAGUACAUCAAGGCGCCCACACUGGUCCUUCAGCUGCCCUACACCGACGAGAAGAGCACGACGAUCCAGGACUUCGCCCGGUCGGUGUACAAACACAUCAAGUCCCACCUCGCGCCGAAGGCCUCCUUCAAACUGGUGGGCUACUCGUUCGGCGGCAUGGUGUCCACGGAGCUGGUGCGCCUCCUCGAGCAGGACGGCCACGUGGGCGAGCUGGUGCUGCUGGACGGCGCGCCCGCCGGUAUGCAGGAGCUCACCAAGGUCUGGAUCAAGGAGGACGGCAACACCACAGAGCUGGAGAUGGAUGUCCUAGUCCGACUGUGGUUCCUGACCAAUCAGUCAGACUUCGACAACUUUAGAUGUCCUUUGGAGACACAAGAUCGCCUGUGCAAGGAAUCCUCCUUGGAAAGGCGACUGAGGCAAAUCAUCCCCAAGAAAAGCAAGACUGCUGCGCACAGCAAGAAGGGCAUGGCGGCCGCCUUCAGGUCCUUCGUCAACCGGAUAGUGGCCGUCAACAACUACCGACCCCCGUCAUCGGCGAAAAAGCUUCGAUCCACCGUCACCCUCAUCAGGCCGACGAGCCAGACAUUCAAGCACGACCAGGAAGACUGCGGCCUUACCGACCUGUUCGCACAGGAGACCAUCCCCGUGCACUUUGUGGAGGGCGACCACAACACGAUGCUGGACAACGUGGAGACGGCCGCCAUCAUCAACUCAGUCCUGGUGGAGGGCACCGCCGGAAACAAGACGUCAGCAAGAAACCAGAAGAAUCAUUUCCAGAGGUUUUUGAAGGACUUGGACUGA